UGAGAUCAUCUCAUACAAGGUCCAAACAAAGAGUUUUGUUGCCUGGUUGGGUUUAAAGUUUAGUUUCAUGUUGAGGAACUGAUUUUGGUUCAGACUUGAUCUUUGAGUUGAAGUUUUGAACAAUUUGUCAAUCUUUUGUGUUACCUUGUUUUCCAUUAACCAAAAGCAUGUCCGAUAGCAAGACCCUUUUAACUGCUGUGGCCUCCCUUGCUGCUUCAGCUGUGCUGUUCAGAAGUAUUACCAAUGAGUUUGUUCCUAAUGAAGUCUUGGAAUAUUUUCACUCAGGACUUCAAAAUCUAUCUCGCAAAUUAUCCACCCGACUCACGGUCAUCAUCGAAGAAUUUCAAGGCAUGUCCAGAAACCAAGUGUUUGAGGCUGCUGACGCCUAUCUCACCACCAAAGCCACUCUCUCAGCUCAAAGAGUUAAAGCAAGCAAAUCAGAGAAUGAUAAAAAUCUAUCAUUCGGUGUAGACAGAGAUGAAGAAGUGAAUGAUGAAUUUGAAGGGGUUGAAAUAAGAUGGAAAUACAUAUGUAAACAAGCGGAGUCAAUCCGGAAUAAGCAUCGUGAUAUGAAUUCCUCUUUGAGGUCAGAAAUAAGGUACUAUGAGCUAUGUUUUCCAAAGAAACACAAGGAGAAGAUAUUCAGUUCAUAUUUUCAAUACGUGUUGGAGAGAGCCAAGGACAUCAAACAAGAAAAUGAGGCAGUGAAGCUUUACAAGUUAUUAUUGGAAAGUUCCUGGUAUCAAACUUGGUCACCCCAUGACUUUCAAGACUCUUGCAAUUGAUGCAGAACUUAAGAGGGAAAUAGUGAAUGAUUUGGACAAGUUUGUGAACGGAAAAGAGUUCUAUAAAAGAACUGGGAAAGCUUGGAAACGUGGUUACCUCUUGUAUGGCCCUCCUGGCACUGGCAAGUCUAGCCUUAUUGCUUCCAUGUCCGAUUAUCUGAACUAUGAUAUAUAUGACUUGGAUCUCACCAUUGUCCAAGACAAUAAUGAAUUAAAAAAUUUGAUCCUAGCCAUGUCUAACCGCUCAUGCUUGUGAUAGAGGACAUUGAUUGCACUAUAAAGCUGCAGAACCGAGAAGAAGAUGGAGAAGCAGUUAAGAAUGGAGACAAUAAGGUUCUUUUUUCUUCUCAAAAGCUGUGUCAAUUUUCAUUACACAAUCCUCAGAUUUAUAACAUGAUAACAAAUAUAGGAACAUGAGUGUGUGCAUCUAUCUCUAUCCAUGUUAACAACAUCUAUAUGCUUGCAAUUCUUAUUAUUUUGUUUAUGUAAAGUUUACAUUAAAAAGUAUAUUGCCGCAAGGACUAAUAAUGAUAAUGAUGUUUAACAUGAACUUAUUUAGACUAAUGCUGUGAUUAUUAAUUUUCAACAGAUAACACUUUCAGGACUGUUAAAUGUUAUAGAUGGUCUAUGGUCAUGCUGCGGAGAGGAACGCAUUUUUAUUUUGACAACCAAUCACAAAGAGAAGCUGGAUCCUGCUCUGUUAAGACCUGGCAGAAUGGACAUGCAUAUUCAUCUGUCAUACUGUAACUUUUCUGCUUUUGAGCAAUUGGCCUUCAAUUACCUUGGAAUUUCUAAGCACGAACUCUUUCACCGGAUUGAAGGGCUUCUCGGAGAAGUACAAGUGACUCAAGCUGAAAUUGCAGGAGAGCUAAUAAAGAUCUCUGAUGUUAGAGAAGGCCUACAAGACAUUGUAAAAUUCCUCCACAACGAGAAAAUGCUUCAGGAACAGACUGUGUGACUGACCACAAUAUCAAAGACCAUGAACUGGCUUGGAAUUAUGGCAGAUAAGAUAAACCAGAGAAGAAUAUCUUCAGUUGAAGGCAACAAAUAGGAUAUUUGAUUCAUCAAUCAUCUUUACAUUGUAAUUCCUUAAAGAGAAAGAACAAAUCAAUAACUAAUGUCUGUACCAAAAUCCAAAUAUCAUUUAUUUGAUAAAUAAAGUGUUUGCAGACAA